AUGGCUGGCCUUCAAAGAUCUGCAGUCUCCUUCAGGAGGCAGGGUUCUUCGGGCUUUGUGUGGGACGACAAGUUCUUAACAGAGGAAUUCAACAAACUCAACAGUGAAGACCAAAACAACAACCACGACGGCGAUGAGAUCAAAGACCUUCAACUUCAAUCGCCGCCGCCGCCACUCCACAGAACCCGCUCCAACGGCGGUCCUCGCGCCUACCGCACCGGCAAAGUCUCCCCGGCGAUCGAGCCUCCGUCUCCCAGACUCUCCGCAUGCGGCUUCUGCACCGCGUUUGGAAAAGCACCACCACGGGACCACAACAAGCCACCACGGACUGUACCCGCCAAGCAUCGACCGAGGUAG